AUCACUGUUCAUGAGGGGAGUGGAACCUCAACCCAGCAUUUUAUCAUGAUAGAGUCUACAGAGGCUGCAGGUCCUGGGGUCAAGCAGGAGAGGUCUGAAGGAGAGGAGGACCCACGGCACAGCAGAGACAUCCAGACUGGAUCAGCGACUGGAGUGGCGCCCCCUGUAGCCACGGCGGAACCCAACACCACCCCAGCGCAGCCUAGGACCCAAUGCAGCAUCACGGAGGUCAGUGGAACGCCGAACGCCGCCCUCAAGUCAGAGACGGACACCGAGACUUUAACGGGGCUGGGACAACUGGGCUGUCCUCCUGCUCCCCGCUCAGAGAAUUUACUUUACGGUAGCCCGAGGAUGGUUCUAUCCCAUCAGGACUCAGGUGACUCGUUACAGGCUGGCAAUGAUCCGUCUUGUUCAUAUGCUACAGAGAUACCUGGUGACAUGCCUGUGGGCUUAGAUACAAAGACUAAUCCAAUGAGAGGGGAAAUGAACCUGCACAGUAGUAGUGUAUACUCUGAAGGGCGCCUAGAAAAGAAAGAGGUUAUAGUGGUAGAUGAGGUGAAAGUGGAGGGUGAUGCACCUCUGACAUGGAAUGUAGACGAGACUCACUUAAGAGAAGGACACUCACUAGGCAACACUAGUGACUUCUUAGACUACAAUGUGGUGACCCACUCCCCUUUACUCACUUUCAGGGAUCGUGACCCAGUGUCCACGUCGAUGGCACCUUCUGAUUCACACGGUCGCGUCCUUUUCGAUCAGGUAUUGAACUCAAACAAAAGGAAUAGAGCUAAGGGUCAGGGAGGGGGAGCCAUAUCAGGCAAUAGUAAAGAGAAACGGUUCCUCUGCAUGUUCUGUAACAAAGCCUUCAGCUGCCCCCAGAAGGUGGAGAUUCACCAGAGGGUCCACACAGGGGAGAAACCCUUCAGCUGUACCCAGUGUCACAUGCGCUUCGCCCAGGCUUGCACCCUGAAGAGGCACCAAAGGGUCCACACGGGGGAGAAACCCUACAGCUGUACCCAGUGUCACAUGCGCUUUGCCCAGGCUGGUAACCUGAAGAUGCACCUGAAGGUCCACACGGGAGAAAGGUCUUCUGACAUUUAGAUAAAAUCCUGCAUUAAAGACUGAUGAAUUGUCAUUGUUGUCAGCAUAAAAUAUCCACAGAUGCAUUUGGAAUACUGAGUAACAUAUUUCAGUGUUGAAUAUUCCUGGGUAGAAUAUUUCAUCCAGAUGUGUGAUAUAUAAGCCUAAAAAGUCUGUUACAUGUUGUGUUUAUACUGUGUAAGCUAUAUGUUGGUCACAAAUGCCUAUUUCAUUUCUUCCAUUCAACUUAAUUUUUUCCACAAGAAAAUGAAUUCAAUUUAUCAAAUUCAUUCAGUUUUUUGUUGACAUGUGUGGUUUUCACAUGGUGUAUUUAACACUUGUUUCUGUUUAAUAAACACAAAAUGGGACUUUUCAUUCUAAGACUUUCAUUGAGACUUUUAGUAUACAUCACAUCUGAUCUCACCCUAUUCUUUAUAAACACUGCGCUUAUGUGAAGAAAUAAUAGUUUAUCAACAUUUUAAACUAAACGUUCUGAUCUGUUGCAUCAGCCUCAUUGCUUUAAAAAAAAUGUUGAUGUAGCCGAGGCCUACUGGUUGAUUGACUUUGAUCUUUUGUCCCACAACUGUCCCAGAGUCUGUUAGGAAUAGGCUAUUUCUUUCUCGCACAAAACGACAAGCUGACCAAUAGAAUAGGUACUCUUUUCUACUAUUGGGGAUAGUAGAUUGACAUAGGCUAGUGAUAAUGCUGUUUGACUUUUCUUCAGCCAACAAGAAGAGUAUCACUGUGGACAGUUAUUCUAACAUCUUCAAUGUGCGCAUCAGAAUUCGGUAAGAAGGAUGCACUUCUAUUGAGCUGAAUGACAAAUGUCUGAAUGUGAUUUCUGUCAUUCUGAGCACCGUGGGUGGACGCCUAAUCAGGUUAUGAACCUAAUGCAUAUGGGUCCGGUACAUUUCUCAAAUGUCAGAUAAAUGAAAAUGCUUCCAGUUAAAAUGUCCGGUAUCACCUGUCACUUCCAGGAGGAGGAGGGUCCAGAGGUGCUGCUGGUGAAGGAGGAGGGGUGAGAGGAGAGUCUGGGGAACUCUGAGGGGACUAUGAUCAUGGAGGACAACCAGACUACAUCUCCUCCUGAACUUAGAGGAACCAGCUGAGCAGCACACGAACACACAGUCUCACUGAGGUGUGCCCAAUUGUAAAGUAGAGUCUGAAUAGUAUUAGGUCAGAGCCCGAAUCCACACAAAAAAGUGAGUGCUGACCUGCAUCAGUUUUGCCUUUUAGAUCAUAAUGAAUAAGAUUAUAUGUACAGAUCCUAGAUCAGCACUCCUACUCUGAUACAUUUUGUCUUAAAUGUGGGACCAUGUCUUUUGAAUUAUCAAACCAUUAAAGACUGCCAAGUAAUCAAAUCAACUAACAUGUUUGCAUAGUACUCAUAGCAAUCCCUCAUUGCCCAAUCAGAAGAUGCUCCAUAUCAGAUUUCUAAGUCCAACAUCCUCCCACUCUGUAUCUCUUACAGUCAGUAGACAUGGAGAAUGGGAAGCCUGAUCUGCUGCUGGUCAAAGAGGAGACCGUAGAGGAUGGACCAGAGAGCAUUGAUCUGCUGAGUGGACUAAAGAUGGGGGAGUAAGGUAAGGGAGAAAUACUGUACAUAUAACCUACAUACAGUAAUAGAUUUUCAAUGGGAAUAGUGAUGCACCUGGCUAUUGGGUUAUUCCACCAAUUAGGUGGCUUUUGAGUAGUGUAACUUGGCGUAAAAAAUAAAGAACACAUAUUCAAUUUAAUAAAAAAACACUUUUUCCAAUCUAAAAAAAAAAAGCCUAUUAAGUACCAAAUAAAGUAACAGGGUUGACCAUAACAGGGUUUAGAAAUUCAUCUUAAAUCAGUCAUGAAUCCCCUUGUGAAGGGGAAUGGUUGGCUAAACAUGACUGUUACCAUGGUUACUCCAUGAUAGUCUUAAAGAAAUAGCCUCUACAAGGCAGAAUAUUGAAUAAAAUUAUAUUUGCAAUUUUCAAAAAAAUAGUACAAAAAAAAAAUAUUCAGCAUUUUGGCUUGUAGAGGUCUUGAGUGGAAACUUUCCUGAUCCAAAUGCACAUUUCUGCCCAACAUAGAAUUCUAUGUUAUUCAAUGUCGGGUCUUCAGCCUAGGGGAAUGGACCCUUCUUAUGUGCAACAGGAAGGGACAAUUGAAUGCAAGCUUCACAAAAAACAAAAACAUUUCUAGCCUAUCUAUAGGUAACAGAGUUGAUGUGUUAAGCUUGACCCAUUCAGUUUCCCAACACAAAACACCAGAAUAUGUCCAAAAAGAGUAAAACCAGCUCACCUGAUUUUACACUAUGAUUUCACGAUUAUAUGUUCAAUGUCUUUUGAAAAUAAUAUUUUUUUUACUGUAAAAUUAGGGACAUUAAAAAAAAUGUUUAGCU